GCGGCGAAUCCGGCCAGCCGAGAUGCGAGGGAUCCCGUGUCUCCCCGUUUUUUUUUGGCCCGUGUUUGACAUGGCUGCCGAAGCGCUGACUUGUGACGAAAGAUUGGACGAUGGGACGAUGGAUAGUAGUGAUGUCGAUGGUGACGAUGAUGGCUGGAACCGAAGUUGAGGCGCGAAAAUGGUUACGAUAAUACCAGCGACAAAAGAUGCCGUCGUGGACUCCAAAGAGAAUACGAGAAAGCGAUGCAUUGAGUAGACGACAGCUGGCCCGACUCUCUACUAAACACCUCUGCGCUGUUCUGUCAACAACACCAUUACCAAAUAUCGUCUCACAUCUGCCUGUCAACACGAGAGUUCCUCCAACUUUGUCGCGGCCGCAUCCGCGUGGGUUCUAUGAUUGGCAGAAAUGUCUCAACGGUGAAUAUUAAAAUUUAGCAAAGAAAGCGCCAUGCAAAACGAAAACGUGCCGUGGACAGAGAAUAGAUUUAUAGCCGGUAUAAGAUCUUUGCUUGAUGCGGAACGCUAUCACUCUCGUUUGAACAGCAUAUAACCCGGGCAGCUACCAGCUCCAUCGCACGAACCAGAUUACGUAUACUAUUUAAAUACGGAGUAACUCCCAUGAUUGCAUUGUAUGAAGCCAGAUCGUAAAUUUUGUCUAUCAUACAAUCUGGAGCUGGUCACGUCUGUGUCAGGUUGGAGAUUCCGUUGCAAACCCGCCCGCCCUGCCAAAACUGUGUUCACUUGCGACCAAUUCAUAAAGACCCGAGAUCCCAGUCUAGUAGAUCGUCUCUCAUCGCCUUUACAACACAAGAUCGAACCACUGCCAUGUUGUGCCGCAACCUCUUUGUCGGGCUUCUGGCUAUCGGGCCCCUAGUCACCGCAAUGUCGAUAGAGGAUCCCAAAAUUUGUGCGAACGAACCCCCUUCCGCCGAAUAUAUUGCAUCCAUACAAGAUGUUAUCGAGAAUGAGAAGAAUGGCAACUUUACCGCCUUUACCUCAGAUGUCAUGGUCGACAUGUAUAUUCACGUCGUCGCCAACUCUGAGAAACCCGACGACGGUUACAUUAGCCGUGAAAUGGUAGAUGCUCAGGCCAGAGUCAUCAAUGACAACUUCAAAGGAAGCGCCUUUCAGUUUGUUCUCAAGGACGCCACUUGGACGGUCAACUCGAACUGGGCCAAGGGCGGUGACGAGAUGGGUAUGAAGAAGAAGCUUCGCAAAGGAAACUAUGCUGCAGUGAACAUUUAUAUCGUGCACAGCUAUCGUGGAUAUCUCGGCUACUGCUGGUAUCCUACCACCGCUUCGCCCGGUUCAGACGCCGAGACUCGUGAUGGCUGCCAGGUACUUUGGACGACGGUCCCUGGAGGCCCGCGCAAGGGUAACAACGAGGGAAAGAUUGCCAGCCACGAAGUCGGACAUUGGGCCGGUAUUUUUCACACCUUUGACGGAGGCUGCGGCAGCCCGGGCGAUCAUGUAGAUGACACUCCUCCGCAAAGCGGCGCCAACACCGGAUGUCCUACUGGUAGAGACUCAUGCCAGGGAGGCGGCCUGGAUCCCAUUCACAAUCAUAUGGAUUACACCAACGAUCCCUGCCGAAGAGAGUUCACUCCAGGACAGUGGAAGCGCAUGCAGGGCAUGUGGGACAAGUUCCGCAAGGGUGCUAAAUAA